AUGAGGCAGCAUGCAGACCUGGGCUCUCAGUAUCGCUCUGUCAUCUUCACGUCGAGUGCGGAGCAACAGCAGGUGGCGCUGCAGAGCAAGGAGGUCUACCAGCAGGUACCAUGUGCACUGGACUCAGAAUCGGGGGCGGCGCUUGAGGCGGACGUUCGACACAGUCACGGUUUACAUAUUAUCAAAAGACACAAAGCAGGCGAGAGUCAUGCAUCAGCAACGUCCCUCUGUCCCAUGGAGUCCCGGGACGUCUCUGGAGUCCUGACCUCAGAGCCCAUCCACGCCACGCGCCGCUCACAAAGGCCCGAAGCGAGGUAG